AUGAUCUCCACCCGCCUUGCGCGCAUGGGUGCGCUGCUUCUCGGGACCCGGGGUCUGGCCACCGUUGCUGAUUCCCCUCUGGACAAGAAGGUCGAGAUGACCAACCACGAGAAGGGUAACUACAUCAACUACAAGUAUGCCAAUUCCUUGCGCAAACCUGAUGGGACCAUUUGCACGAUCAUGGGAAAACCCGGAUUGGAUGGCCCGAGGGUCAAAUCAAAUCGGCCGAAGAUGUCCGAGAACCUGGACAUUGUCCGUCGCCGUCUGAGCCGCCCUCUCACCUACGCCGAGAAGGUUCUCUACUCUCACCUUGACGAUCCUCAUGGUCAGGACAUCGAGCGUGGUGUUUCUUACCUGAAGCUCCGCCCCGACCGUGUCGCUUGCCAGGAUGCUACUGCUCAGAUGGCUAUCCUGCAGUUCAUGUCCGCUGGCAUGCCUUCCGUCGCUACCCCCACCACCGUGCACUGCGACCACUUGAUUGAGGCUCAGGUUGGUGGUGAGAAGGAUCUUGCUCGUGCCAACGAGAUCAACAAGGAGGUCUACGACUUCCUGGCCACCGCCACCGCCAAGUACAACAUUGGUUUCUGGAAGCCCGGUUCCGGUAUCAUUCACCAGAUCGUCCUGGAGAACUAUGCGUUCCCUGGUGGUCUGAUGAUCGGUACUGACUCUCACACUCCUAACGCUGGUGGUCUCGCUAUGGCUGCCAUUGGUGUUGGUGGUGCUGAUGCCGUCGAUGUCAUGGCUGGUCUCCCUUGGGAGUUGAAGGCCCCCAAGGUCAUUGGUGUCAAGCUGACUGGUGAGAUGUCCGGAUGGACCACUCCUAAGGAUAUCAUCCUGAAGGUCGCUGGUCUCCUGACUGUCAAGGGUGGUACUGGUGCCAUCAUUGAGUACCACGGUCCUGGUGUCAACUCCCUGUCUUGCACUGGUAUGGGUACCAUCUGUAACAUGGGUGCUGAAAUCGGUGCUACCACCUCCAUGUUCCCCUUCAACGACCGCAUGUACGACUACCUGAAGGCCACCAAGCGUCAGCACAUUGGUGAGUUCGCCCGCUCCUACGCCAAGGAGCUCCGCGAGGAUGAGGGUGCCGAUUCAAGGAGGCUGUUGAUGCCAACGGUUGGGCCCGAGGAGCUCAAGGUCGGUCUGAUCGGCUCUUGCACCAACUCCUCUUACGAGGAUAUGUCCCGUGCGGCCUCCAUCGCCCGUGACGCCCUCAACCAUGGCGUGAAGUCCAAGUCUCUCUUCACCGUCACCCCCGGUUCUGAGCAGAUCCGCGCCACCAUUGAGCGUGACGGUCAGCUCCAGACCCUCGAAGAGUUCGGUGGUGUCAUCCUUGCCAACGCCUGCGGUCCUUGCAUCGGUCAGUGGGAUCGUAAGGACGUGAAGAAGGGUGAGCCCAACUCCAUCAUCUCUUCUUACAACCGUAACUUCACCGGUCGUAAUGAUGCCAACCCUGCCACCCACGCUUUCGUCGCCUCCCCUGACCUCGUCGUUGCCAUGUGCGUUGCUGGCACCCUCAAGUUCAACCCUCUCACCGAUACUGUGAAGGACAAGGAUGGCAAGGAGUUCAAGCUUGCUCCUCCCUCUGGUGAUGGUCUCCCCAGCAAGGGCUACGACGCCGGCCGCAACACCUACCAGGCUCCUCCCCAGGAUCGUGCGUCCAUCAACGUCGCUGUCUCCCCCACUAGCGACCGUCUCCAGCUCCUCGCUGGCUUUGAGGCCUGGGAUGGCAAGGAUGCCACCGGCAUUCCCAUCCUGAUCAAGUGCCAGGGCAAGACCACCACUGACCAUAUCUCCAUGGCUGGCCCAUGGUUGAAGUACCGUGGCCACUUGGACAACAUCUCCAACAACAUGCUCAUCGGUGCUGUUAACGCUGAGAACGGCGAGGCCAACAAGGUCAAGAACAAGUUCACCGGCGAAUACGGUGCCGUCCCCGCUACCGCUCGUGACUACAAGGCCCGUGGUGUGAAGUGGGUUGUCAUUGGUGACUGGAACUACGGUGAGGGCUCUUCUCGUGAGCACGCUGCUCUUGAGCCCCGUCACCUUGGUGGUCUGGCCAUCAUCACCCGUUCUUUCGCCCGUAUCCACGAGACCAACCUGAAGAAGCAGGGUAUGCUUCCUCUGACCUUCGCUGAUCCCGCCGACUACGACAAGAUCCAGCCCGAGGACACCGUCGACCUCCUCUGCACCGAGCUUGAGGUCGGCAAGCCCAUGACCCUCCGUGUCCACCCCAAGAACGGCUCUACCUUCGACGUCAAGCUCAACCACACCUUCAACGAGUCCCAGAUCGAGUGGUUCAAGGAUGGAUCCGCCCUUAACACCAUGGCCCGCAAGGCUGCUAGCAACUAA